AUGUCGGGUGCUCGUCUAACUUCUACCGAAAAGGAGAAAGCAUGGAUCAAUGCUGGCCGAAAAGUUGGGUUAGAAAUAUGGCGAAUAGAACAGUUUAAUGUCAAACCGUGGCCAAAACGUCAAUACAGGAAUUUUUAUACGGGUGAUUCAUACAUAAUUUUGAACACCCAUACAGGAGCUAAUCAAACUAAAAUUCGUUGGGAUAUUCAUAUUUGGGUAGGUAAUGCAAGUACACAAGAUGAAUAUGGAACAGCUGCUUUUAAAGCUGUAGAAUUAGAUGAUUCUCUUGGAGGUAUUCCUGUUCAACAUCGCGAAUCGGAAGGACAUGAAUCUUCGUUAUUUAUGAGUUAUUUUAAAAAUCAAAUUAAGAUAUUAGCUGGUGGAACAGAAAGUGGUUUUAAUCAAGUCCGUGCAAAGAACUAUCAACAACGUUUGCUUCGUUUCAAAGGGAAGAAAUUAGUGAGAAUUACCCAAGUGCCACUUGAACGAGCAUCACUGAAUUCUGGCGAUGUGUUCGUGUUAGAUUUAGGUUUGGUGAUUUAUCAAUGGAAUGGUUCGAAAUCUGCAGGACAAGAACGAAUGAAAGCAGCACAGUAUUGUCGGGCAUUAGAUGAUGAACGAGGCGGAUUACCAGAAGUGAUAGUAUUGGAAGAAGGUGAUCAAGAAGAGAAAUUUUGGUGCCAUUUCCCUGAAGGUUUCGGUUCAGUGAAAUCAGCCCGAAAGGGCGGUGUAGAUGACGAAGUAACUGGCUGUGAGAAGGAAUUGUAUCGUCUGAGUGAUGCAUCAGGCACAUUAAAAUUCACAAAAGUAGCAACAGGAAAUGAUAUUCGACGAGACUUGUUGAAUUCAAAUGAUGUAUUUAUUCUUGAUAUUGGUUCAGAAAUAUUUGCUUGGGUUGGCCGAGGUUCAUCUGUUGCAGAAAGGAAAAUGGCAAUGAGUUAUGCAAAUGAAUAUUUAAUCAAGAAACACAAAUUGAAAUUACCAGUAUCAAGAAUUUUGGAAGGUGGAGAGAAUGAAGUAUUUGAACAUUCGAUGAACUGGUAA